UUUUAAUAAAUAAUGCUAAAAAAUUUACUAAUGAAAUUUGAAAGUCAAGAGAGCAUUACAAGGCCCAUAGUCUGAAGAACUUUUCUUGUCAAAAACUGCCUAACCUUGGCUUUGUUCAUGGCGUUUUUAUGACGGAUUUCUCAGUGAAAUAAUGCCUUCAAGGAAUUUAUUAAUCCCGGAAAUUCAGGAGAGUAUAUGCCCAGACCACCUCCAGAGAUUAAGAAGGCUGUAUUUGGGUAUACUCCUUAUUGUGAAGACAUAAACCUAGAGUAUAGAGAUUUCCGGUUUUGGGAAAGUGAUAAUUUCCGAAGAUAUUACAGAGACAACACUUAUCACUUCGGAGCACUUGGCUUAAUUGACCUUGAAACAUACGCAUCUCUUGGUACUGGACGAGGGCUAAUAGAAGCAUAUUCAAGUCUGAGUCGAAGGGCUAAUACUCUGAUUAGCCUUGACCAAGACCUGAUCCAUACCUAUCAAAUGGUAAACAAGGUGGUCACUAUUGAUGAACCUUGGGUCUGGUGUAAGUACUGGUGCUCUGAGGAUCUAAAGGAAUCCUCUAUAUUUAUCGAUGAUUGAAAUCCCCCAUAAACUAAAUCUUCUAUAUCUCAGAUACAAAA